CAGACUCCACCGAGACGUGUCGCACUUGUGACUUGUCCACGUCACUGUUCUUGUCUCUUAUCUUCCUCCCCAACUUUUUGCCAUUUCUAGGUUUUCUGCAAUUUCACCCCAAACACUUUUCGUUACCUUCUCUCUAUUGUUUUGAGAUUGUUCUUUUCUCUAUCGCUGUAUCGAAAUCGAUCGAGUUUGAGUUCGUUAGCUUCCAUUUUACGCCGACGAUGGGGUCGGUCCCCGAUCCAGGCGAGUUGACCGAGUUAGCUCAGCCGAGUUUCGAGGAGUUUCAGAGGCAGACGUCGUUGAUGACGAGCUGCACUCUUCUGUGGAAAGAGCUCUCCGAUCACUUCACUUCGCUGGAGCAGAACCUGAUGAAGAAAUCGGAGGCACUGAAGCAGAUGAUUGAAACCCUAGAUAACCAGACUCAGACCUCGCUCGAGUCACUCAAGCGUAGAGAGGUCACAAUCGACCACAGCGUCGAGAUCGUCGCCGGAAAAGUUGGGGAACGCGCCAGAGCUGCUCUGGAAUCGCUUGAGAAAGCCAGAGACGGCGGUUCUAAUGGAGAUGACUCCGGCGAGGUCGACGAUGACGAAGGGCUUCUCUCUGCACUGAAAUCUCUCUGUUUGAAGAUGGACGCUAGAGGGUUCUGGAACUUCGUGACGGCGAGGAAAAAGGAACUGGAGAACCUCCGGUCACAGAUUCCGGCUGCGCUUGUGGAUUGUGUGGAUCCGGCGAUGUUAGUGCUCGAUGCGAUAUCCGAGGUUUUUCCGGUCGACAAAAGAACCUCCGGAGAGAAAGUGACCAACGAUUUCGGAUGGGCUUGUGUGGUGAUUCUGGAGAGUUUAGCGCCUGUAAUGGUCGAUCCAGUGAUCGGGAAAACGCGGCUGCUUGUUACUCCGAGCGUCAAGGAGAAGGCUAAAGAGAUCGCAGAGACUUGGAAGGCGAGCUUGGAGGAGAGAGGAAGGAUAGAGAACGUGAAGACUCCUGAUGUUCACACGUUUCUGCAGCAUCUUGUGACAUUUGGAAUCGUCAGAAGAGACGAUCUUGCUCUGUACCGGAAGCUUGUCGUUGGAUCCGCGUGGCGCAAACAGAUGCCAAAGCUCGCUGUUUCAGUUGGUUUGGGUGAUCAAAUGCCUGACAUGAUUGAAGAGUUAAUCAGAAGGGGACAACAGCUAGACGCUGUUCAUUUCACAUACGAAGUUGGCCUUGUGGAUAAGUUCCCUCCUGUUCCUCUGCUCAAAGCCUAUCUAAGAGACGCAAAGAAGACAGCAGCUUCUAUCAUGGAAGACUCCAGCAACGCUGGCCGAGCUACGCAUCUCGUGGCGCGCAAGGAGCAAUCAGCUCUUAGAGCGGUGUUGAAAUGCAUAGAAGAGUACAAACUCGAGGAAGACUUCCCUCCAGAGAAUCUCAAGAAGCGGUUGGAUCAGCUCGAGAAGACCAAAACCGAGAAGAGAAAACCGGCGGCUGUACCGGCAAACAAGAGAACCAGAGCGAGCUACAACGGUCCAAUGCCGCCAGCGAAAGCCGGUCGUAUCACAAACGCAUACGUCUCUUCCUUCCCGUUCAUCAGAUCUCCGUCUCACUCUCCUCAGUACGCUUCGCCAGCGGCUUACCCUUCCCCACCUACAACUGUCUACAGCAACAGGAGCCCGCCUUAUCCUUACUCCCCCGAGCUCAUCCCCGGUUCGUACCAAGGCUCUCCUAUCGGUUACCCAGCGUACAACGGUUAUUGCAACGGUCCUGUUCCGGUUCCUGCUCCGGCUCCUCCGGUUUACCACCCGCAUUACCAUCAGCAGCACCACCAACACACUCACCACCAGCAAGCUUACUACUGAAUUAGAAGACAGUGUGACAAUCAAAGAAGGAAGAUGGUAACCAACAAAACCCACUGAUCUCUCUCUCUCUGCAUCUUGUAUCUCUACGUCGUCGUUUUGUCUGUAAUAUUUUCGCAGCCUAACUCGCGCUAUUCCCUUUGUUUGUGUGUGUUUAUUAGUUUACAUAUAAAAAAAAAAAAAAAACUCUCUUUUUUUUCUCCGUCUCUGCUUCGUUUGUAAUGUCUCUAAUAUUCAGUCUUUCUGUUAAUCAAAAUGACAACUUCUCUUUGUCACAAAAUCAUCAUUCUUCCUUCUUGUCUCUCACUCUUAUUUUCUUCACAUAAAUCUAAAACAAAGCUCACGAAGGAACCUCACCAGUUCUGUUUCGGAAAGAUCGUUGCUUUAAAAUCCGACCAAUCAAGUGCGCGUCUCUUUACUAAUAGUGCACACCACUUGUUCGACGAUUUGUCUCAUAGAAGCCUUACGGUUUCAGAAUUCGUCUCUUUUCCUUCAAUGGCUUUGACGGUUCUCAGAAGAAGCUCUCUCCGUUUUCCGAAUCUCACCUCCCGUUUUGGAUUGGCAUCACACUGUUUUUCCUCGAGAUCUUCCAGCAGCGAAACUGGAAAGGACUCAACCGCUGAGAACGAUGUUGGUUCGAGUGGUUUUGGUAUAGAAACUGUGGAUGAUGAUGCUUGGAGUGUCUCAUCAUCAAUAUCACAAGCCUGGAGAGAGUUUCAAGCAGAGACUUCGAAAAACUCUUCCUUUACGAAGCAAGUCGGAGAAACAAUCGAUCCUGUUCUUGAUCAUGACGAAAUCGACAACAUGAGAAUCCGCGGCGAUCUUUUCUACAAGCUUGAUCGAGGCUCAAAAGAAUUCGAGGAAUACAAUUACGAUUUCCACCGCAAGAACCAACAUCACCAGAAAACAAACAAAGAAGAGACAAAGACGAAGAAGGAAACAACAGCAAAGAGUGAUGAUGAUAAUAAACAAGUUCGUGAGGAAUACAAGAAGAGAGAAGAUGAGCCAAAGAUGAACGCUUUCACGGGUGAAAUGGAUGAUCUUUAUGAUGCAGCUGCUGCGGGGAAGAAGAGAGAGAGGACGCUCACGUUUAACCAGCUCACGGCUCCUUAUCAUCACCCGUUUUGCUUAGACAUUUACAUCUCAAAGGCGUCGGUUCGAGCAUGUGUGGUUCACAGGGUGACAAGUAAGGUUGUCUGUGUGGCUCAUUCAAUUUCGAAAGACAUGAAAUUCGACCUUGGGUCGACCAGAAACGCUGCGGCUUGCGCUGCGGUUGGGACAGUGCUUGCGCAAAGAACAUUGGAGGAUGAUAUACACGACGUUGUAUAUACUCCUAGGAAAGGAGAUAAAGUGGAAGGUAAGCUUCAGGUUGUGCUUCAAGCUAUCAUUGAUAAUGGUGUUAAUGUUAAAGUGAAGCUUAAGCAGAGGAAACUCAAGAAGAAGAGUACUAGUCAUCUAACAAUGGCCUAGACCUAGGGGUAAGAUCUUUGCUGAUUUUUUUUUUUUUUAAUAUCUUCUUUAUGCUAUUUUUCUCAAGGCAGAAGCAUGUUGUGUUAUUUAUUUUGAUCAUUAAUUUUUUUUUUUGUCAGACGUCAAAUUUAGUUUUCAAAGAAACACGAGAACCUAAAUUUUUGCAGGUUGAUAAACCAAAUGAAAACCGAACUAUACUGAAC